AUGAUUGUUCAGAAGCAGCAGCAGCAGCUGCUGCUGCAGCCGCUACUGCAGCUGCGCCAAAUUUUCGAACAAAUGGCAUCGGCUCAAGGUUACCGCCUGUUAUGUCGCCGCGUGAACAGCGUGGCAUUAUUUUUGAUCCGCAGCGCUUCAAAUAAACCGGUCAAUGAGAAGCUUAAAACUGAAUCAACAAUAACAACAUGCGAUUAA